UUAUGAUAUCUAUGAGUCGCUCUGAACAGAGUGAGCUGCGGGUUGGUUCAGAUCUCGAUUGUCGUCAAACUAACAGGCGCCUUCGGCUCGUCACACGGCCUACAUUGCAAUGCUUAAAAGGGCAAUCUGGAUUUGUACAGCAGAACCACCAAAGUUACAAUGAGGGCAGGGGCCUCGUCCAUGUGGGCUUCAUGCUGUGGUCUGCUGAAUGAGGUCAUGGGUACUGGGGCUGUCAGAGGCCAGCAGCCAGGUUUUGGUGCCGGUGCUGGUCCAUUUAGAUUCGCACCCAGUGCUGGAUAUUCCACUUAUCCGCCCACCGGCUCAGGGAGUUUAAGUCCAGUUUGUAAGUCUUGUGCCCAGGCUUUCUCUGUCUUCAGGAGAAAGUACAUUUGCUGCGACUGCAGAAAGAGCUUCUGUACUCUCUGCUGCGUACUUCAGGAGAAUCUGCGCAUCUGUGCCACUUGUCAUUUGCUGAAGGCUACAGCCUUUCAACGGCCUCGACUCAUGCGUCUUAGAGUAAAGGACCUACGUCAGUACCUGCUUCUUCAUAACGUCCCAACUGACACAUGCAGAGAAAAAGAAGAGUUGGUACACUUGGUACUGUGUCACCAAGGCAUUGAGGAAGAAGAGGAGCAGGAGUCGAGCAGCAUCCAUUUACAUUCCCAGUAUACACCGUUUACCACACAGUCUGCCUCUGAGUUGUCAACUUUUGUUAACUCUCAGGAGGAACCACUCAGCAGAAGUGACAGCUCUGAUACCAACCAGGACAUAGGUGAUGCCACAUCAGUUUCUCUCCUCAACCUGGAUCCGAGUGAGCACACCCCUGAGUCCAGUCCUCUUACACGGCGUCGGGCUAGAGCUUCACUCUCAGAUAUUUCCAGCCUAAGGGACAUUGAGGGCCUGUCUGUGCGACAGUUGAAGGAGAUCCUGGCCAGGAACUUUGUCAAUUAUUCAGGGUGCUGUGAGAAGUGGGAGCUGGUGGAGCGUGUCAGCAGACUAUACAGAGAGACGGAGGAGAACAGGAAAUCAUUGGAAAAUGUGAGCAGUACUGUCCGCACAGUGGUGGCCUCCCCCCCUCCCAUCUGCAAUGGAACUAUUGGAGAUGGUGAAAGAGGUCCAAUGACCAUUCCUGAUGACAACCUCUGCAGGAUCUGCAUGGACGCCACCAUUGAUUGUGUUCUUCUGGAGUGUGGUCACAUGGUCACCUGCACAAAGUGUGGCAAGAGGAUGAGUGAGUGCCCCAUCUGCAGGCAGUACGUGGUGAGGGCUGUGCACGUCUUCAAGUCAUAAGACGGCGUAGUCACGUGAUGUGACGAAGGCUGCCUCAGCUCACGUUCACGUUCACAGAGGAGACGGUUUUUGUGGUUGCUUUAUGUUUGAUUUCACAUUAUUUGCACAUUGAAAACUUCUUCAUUCUUUAGAAUUUGGACCCUAGGUUGUUGUGUCCUGUCCUCAGUCCGUCUGGUAUGACCUGUCGUUCCUACGUGUCUGUUUGUGUUUAACCUGUACCUGUAUAACACCUGAACAUACAUACAGACAGACAGACAGACAGACCAACAACCUACACACACAUUAACAUCUAUAACUGAACACACACACACACACUCUCAUACAGUCGGAGUCCCAGCAGGUGUCAAUCAUCCAUGUUUCUUCUUCUUCUACGUCUUCUUCUGCUGCUGCUGCUCUUUUCUCACGGCCCUGCUGCGUUAAAACACAACUGGUGGCUGAGCAGCAUGAGUCAAUGUUGUUGUUUCUGUUGUUGCCACCUUUUCAAUGUCUGAAUUUGACCCAGAAGAGGCUGAUUUUUUUUUGCCCUACUUUACUCAAAUGUGAUUGAUGGACACUGAGGACUGAUUAUUUUCUGACUCAGUGUUGCUAAUAUGUUUCAGCUCAUUUCACUCAUUCAGCUUCAUUAUUGACAUUAUAAUCUUAGGAACUCCAUGUCACCUCAGUCUUUGUCUCAGCACCACGAGCAGAGACGCUGAGACAAACAAAACAACGGUGCUAACCCCACAGACUGUUUUAUUCCUGUUUACUUGUGGAUGUGACGCUGAGUGAUGUGUUACAUUUUGUUGUGCUUUAUUGAGAAUGGUAAGUCUUAAUGCUUUUUUUAUUAAUUCCUGAUAACAGAGUAAUAUAUAAACAAUUUAUUUAAAUGACAUUUGUGAUAAACAAAGUAUAUAACAUGACUUAAAAAUGUAUAUAUGCAUAUAUUGACUGGCAUGAGAUGAACAGCUAUAUUUUUUUAAUUCUAGCAUUCUUGCUAUUUUCUUUGCUGUGUUGAUUUCUACAUAGAUUUGCUUAAACUCUUUUGUUUGUCUCAAACCAGAGCACCAUGGGAAACUGACUCUGCUCGUGUCACUGUUUCACACGGUGCAGUUUUUGUGUUUGUGUCUGUCUCACUUCCAGUAUUUUUCCUUUUAUUUCAGUAUAUCUACUGUAUGCACACAGAUUCACAGCUGCAGCUAUACAGAUAUAAAUAGUAGCAGAGCAGCAAAAAUUAUUUCAACAUCUGAAAUUUUUACUCUGUAGAUUAAAUUUUGUUUUAUACCACA